GCUGCGCCGCGGGCGAACCAAACACUGAUCUCGACAAUUCUGCGACUCGCACAUAAGACUAGCCGUGCAUCGAAUCACGCCCAUAUCACUCUUGUCGCAACCUGAACUUGAUUGCAUCUUCAUCAUCACUUGAACAUUGAACACCAAACACUCGCAUUUAGCGCGAUGUCGUACAAGAGAACGGCGCUCUUUCCGUGUAACCCCUCUACAUCCCGCGGCGUUUCGACCAAGCUUGGGGAGAGCAAGGACAAGAUCGUCUACGCCAAUGGCAGGACUGUGAUCAUCAGGGAUCUGAACAAUCCUGGACUCUCCGUCGCGUACAAUGGCCACACUCAGAACACGACCGUCGCUAGGAUCUCACCAUCCGGGUUCUAUUGUGCGUCUGCAGACGUUGGGGGUAUUGUUCGGAUCUGGGAUAUCGUUGGCGAAGAUCAAACGCUCAAGGGUGAAUUCAAGGUUAUAUCCGGUCGGAUCAAUGACCUCGCAUGGGAUGCUGAAUCGAAACGUAUUAUCGCUGUAGGAGACGGUAAAGAGAAGUUUGGGCAUGCAUUCAUGAUGGAUUCCGGGAGUAGUACGGGGGAGAUCAUCGGACACUCGAAGGCCGUGAACGCCGUCUCAAUAAGGCACCAGCGCCCUUUCCGUGCAGCGACGGCGGCUGACGACAAUCUGAUUGUCUUCCAUCAAGGUGCACCAUACAAAUACGAUAAAACCAUCAAGACGCAUACGAAUUUCGUCCAAGACGUUCGCUACGCUCCCUCGGGCGAUCACUUCGCUAGUGUCGGGUCGGAUGCCAAGAUUUUUCUGUACGAUGGCAAGACCGGAGACAUAUCAGCCGAACUGCCCAAAGGUCAUAAAGGGAGCAUUAUGGCCUGCAGUUGGAGCCCGAACAGCGCUUUGCUAUGCACCUCGUCCGCGGACUGUACCGUUAAACUUUGGGACAUCGAAGCCCGAAAGGCGACGAGAACUUGGACUCUCGGAUCGGGCAUUUCGUACCAGCAGGUCGGGAACGCCUGGACGACGGCGAAUACAAUUGUCUCCCUCUCAAUUUCCGGCGAUCUCAACAUCUUGGACCCCAGGACCGCCGAUAAGCCGGCCAAGAUUCUGCAAGCUCCUCAGCGCUCCAUCACGGCCGCUAUCCCCACGGACUCCAGCACCUUCCUCGCAGGAACAGCAGACGGUAGGGUGGUCGCGAUCUCGGCCGAUUCCGGCGAGGCUGCGUACGUCGCGGGCGAUGGACACACGAACCUCGUUGCGGGGCUGGCGUCCGCGAAUGGCAAAGUGACCUCCGUAGGCUACGAUGAUCAGAUCCGAGGGAUCGACAGCACGGCGUUUACCGGUGCGUCUGUUUCCCUGAGAUCGCAGCCAAAGGCGGUAGCCAUUGCGGGUGACGGCACGGUUUUUGUUGCCGGAGCUUCCGGCAUUGAAGCUAUUCGGGAUAAUCAAACGCUCGCGAGCGUAUCUUCGUCCCUUGUGGGGACUUCAAUAGCUGCGUCGGGCUCGUUGGUGGCCGUCGGGGGGGAGGACCAGAAAGUACACUUGCAUUCCUGGGACGGAAAGGCCCUGCAGGAGGCUGCGACCCUUGAGGGCAACAAGGGGGUCGUGAGCGCCGUGUCAUUCUCUCCGGAUGGCUCUUUGCUCGCCGCGGGAGAUUCGACCGGAAAGAUCGUGCUGUUUGAUGUCAAGGAACGCAAAGCUAUCACAUCGCGCUGGACAUUCCACUCGGCUCGGAUCACUUCCUUGGACUGGACCUCCGACGGGAAGCACUGCGCCUCCGGUUCUCUGGAUACACACGUCUACAUCUGGAGCGUGCAGAAGCCGGUCAAGAAUAUUGCGAUCAAGAACGCAGGCCCAGGUGGUGUCAAUUCUGUAUUCUGGCUCGACGGGGGCAAGGACGGCCGGCUGGCCAGCGCAGGAGCCGACGCUUGCGUAAGGGUCUGGAACGUCGUGUUCCACACCUGAUCGUGGCGGCUUCGCAGAGAAGUUUGCGAAUCAUGAAUCAAGGGCCAGAAGUAGCGACAUACAAUGUAAACGAUCCGUCUAUAUACGUCGUAUAGCCACACAAAAUUAUUGUCGCCGGAAGCGUCCGUUAUGCGGC